GCACACGCAGAGGACUAGAACGUGCAGAGAUCAGCUAGUAGCCGUAUCUUCUCUGGCGCGAUAGACCACCUAUCACAGGCUCUCACCUGGCCACGUCAUCAUGGCGAACGCGCCGGAUCGCUUUGCGCUCUUCAUCCUGGGUCCGAACGAGCAUAGAGUGGACGUAGCUGAAGAUCCUCAAAUAGCCAAUGCAGCCACGUUCACAUUGAACAAGGAAGAUCACACGAUGGGCAACAUGUUGCGUCAUGCUGUUCUCGUGAUUCCGGGUGUGAUCUUCUGCGGGUAUAGGGUUCCUCAUCCGCUCGAGCCUCGGGUGGUGAUCAAGGUUCAAACGGACGGGAGCAUUUCUCCCUCUCAAGCCAUCUUGAACGGAUGCAACAACCUCAUCUCUCAAGUAGGCCAGGUCAGGAAUCAGUUCAGAAAUGAAUUGCAAGCAAAAGGCUUUGGCUCCGCCUCGGGACAUUCGGCAAAUGCGAAUUCUUUCGAUGCCAAUGCCCCUCAAGGCUACUCUUACGGCACCGGCUAUGGCGAUGCGCUGGACCAAGGCAGGGAGAAUGGCGAUUACGUGGACAUCUAGCGUGCCGAAUUGGCUAUCCUCGGCCGCUAAAGUC